AAGCGGCAGGAAACGUUUCCGUGAAAAGUCGUUUAUUUACCGCAAUAAUGUUAUUUUACUCAUUUUUCAAGUCGCUUGUUGGCAAAGACGUGGUCGUCGAGCUUAAAAACGAUCUCAGUAUAUGCGGGACAUUGCAUUCCGUGGACCAGUACUUGAAUAUUAAGUUAUCCGAUAUAAGCGUCAUAGAUCCGGACAAAUAUCCACAUAUGCUGUCAGUGAAGAAUUGUUUUAUACGAGGCUCUGUUGUGCGGUAUGUACAACUACCAGCAGACGAAGUAGACACCCAGUUACUCCAGGACGCGGCGAGGAAAGAAGCCACAGUAUCGACAAGAUAGAACACAUAACCUCAAAAAUGUGAAGCUAAGUUUUGGACCGAGUGUAAAUACUACUUUUAAGUACAAGUUUUCUCUAUAAAGUGACUCCUCAAUAAAUGUAUUGCGUGUAA